CGCACGCCGACAAGGAUGUCGUCGUGGUCGUCGCCCUCAUCCGCCGCCGCCGCCUCGGGCGCCCGAUUCGGCCCCUUCCCGAGCCGAGCGCAGCGGCUCGUGCCGUAUCCGUCGCUCGCCCGCGGAACCCCCGCCUCGACGCUCGUCCUCAGGCCCCACCCGGACGGCCGUGGCCAUGGCCACCUCGCGCACACCGGCUCCUCUUCCUCGCGGUGCCGCGCCGUAGCCGCCGAGGUCGAGGGCCUCAACAUCGCCAACCACGUCAGCCAGCUCAUCGGCAAGACACCAAUGGUAUAUCUCAACAAUGUCGUCAAGGGCUCUGUCGCCAAUGUUGCUGCUAAGCUUGAGAUUAUGGAGCCCUGUUGUAGCGUCAAGGACAGGAUAGGGUACAGUAUGAUAAAUGAUGCUGAACAGAAGGGCUUGAUUACUCCUGGAAAGAGUGUUUUAGUGGAAGCAACAAGUGGAAAUACAGGCAUUGGUCUUGCCUUUAUUGCUGCUUCCAAAGGAUAUAAGUUGAUAUUAACAAUGCCUUCAUCAAUGAGCAUGGAGAGAAGAGUCCUACUCAGAGCUUUUGGUGCUGAACUUGUCCUUACUGAUGCUGCAAAAGGGAUGAAAGGGGCCGUAGAUAAGGCUACAGAGAUUUUAAAUAAGACACCCAAUUCUUACAUGCUUCAACAGUUUGAUAACCCUGCCAACCCUAAGGUACAUUAUGAGACCACUGGCCCAGAGAUCUGGGAGGAUUCAAAGGGGAAGGUGGAUAUACUCAUUGGCGGAAUUGGAACAGGUGGGACAAUAUCUGGUGCUGGCCGUUUCCUCAAGGAGAAAAAUUCUGGAAUUAAGGUUAUUGGUAUUGAGCCUUCUGAAAGUAACAUACUCUCCGGUGGAAAACCUGGUCCACAUAAGAUUCAGGGAAUUGGUGCAGGAUUUGUUCCAAGGAACUUGGAUAGCGAUAUUCUUGAUGAAGUAAUUGAGAUAUCAAGUGAUGAAGCUGUUGAGACAGCAAAACAGUUGGCUGUUCAGGAAGGAUUACUGGUUGGAAUCUCCUCUGGAGCAGCUGCUGCCGCUGCCAUAAAGGUUGCGAAAAGACCAGAAAAUGCUGGAAAGUUGAUAGUGGUUGUGUUUCCGAGUUUUGGCGAGAGGUACCUUUCAUCUGUCCUCUAUCAGUCCAUAAGAGAAGAAUGCGAGAACAUGCAGCCUGAGCCAUGACGGAGCCGUCACUUUAAACAGCAUAAUAAAUGUAUCUGGAAUAAGAUGCGUGGGCACCAUUAGUGUGCUCCAAUUGGUAUCAUUUGGCCCAUGCUCACGCUAUCCUUUUGCCUCUAUGACCGGAACUAAUCAGGCGUGUGAGAAAUAUCCAUGACUCUCCCAAUUGCUUUCCAUUAACAAAAUGAUUACACCUCUGAAUUGUCUAUACGAUUCAGGCUGAUUUGAUUGGUAAUUGUAAACAACUUGUCCUUGAAUCUUUGAAGUCAAACAAAGUCAGUUGGCUGAAUCAGCUGAAUAUAUGUUAUAUGCAUUUUUUUUGCGUGUCGCUAUCACAGCAUUAUGCAUCUCAAACAAGUGUCACAUGAUGGAACGAGGAUGAUGUAUGGCAGCGUUAUGCAUCUGAAUGUUGGCAUAUGGCAAGCACGACAAGGCGUGACAGAAGGGAGCAGCUAGUGUGCAUAUCCAUUUCUGCGCCGUUCUCCCCUCCUGAUAAUGACCUGGACGCACGUCUAAUGGACGUUCGUACACUGCAAUUUUUCACCUGGAUAGAAAUGAGCAUGUUAUGGGUAUGCCUUAAUUUGCACGGCUGAUGACACAUGUCCGUGAAGUCUUUUACGUGAGCCUGGAAAUAUGUCCGAUCCGGAUACUCAUGGUGCUUGGAUUUUUGUUGUCUUUCCAUGUAUAUAUAUUAAUAGAAAAAACUGUCAUGGAAUCUAUCUUUUUGUAUAAUCGUUGUGAAACCAAACCAUCAAAAGUCAAAAAAAAGUCUCAAAAU